CUAAGUUAUUUUAACAAGUUUUACCAAGAAUUUUACUAUGAAUUUCAUUUUUAAAAAGUUAAAGAAAGAAACAUGGGAGAUGCAUAUUAUAGAGUACAAGAAAGGAUAUAAUUUUACAAAAAUGGAAUUUUUAAAAAUAUUAUUUUAAAAAAGGUAGCCGACAUAGUUAAAGUGCCAUAAAGAUAUAAUGGAUUACAUUUAGAUCUUCAAUAAAGCUGAAUUAAUCAUUAAUAUUGAAGAAAUUGUUCCAAAAAAGAUGGGGUUUUUAAGAUAAUUCAUGAGAAAAAACAAAUCAAUAAUUAGGAAAGCCAUUUUUUUACCUAAGUAAAAAAAACGUGAAGAAAAUCCCAAAAACAAAAAAACUUUCAGAUAAUCCUUAAAAUAAAAUAAAAAUGAUGACUAUUAAUAAAUAAAUCUUGUCCAAAUUACUAUUUUAAUUAAUAUUAAAAUUUUGAAGAGGAAAAACAGGAAAUUUAUGAUGACGAAUACAUUAAUUUCUUUUUGA